ACCCCUAGACUUUCUCGCAUUAACCUUGAGUGUGCACCUUUUUGUUUACUCUCUCUGAGUUUGUCUUUGUUACUCGCUUUAAAAUUUCAGUGAAAUUAUUGUGGAUAUUUAUUAAUUGAUAUAGAUUGAUGUAAUUCAAGCAGGAGAACCUUUCAUUGAAAACAGAUUCUUGACAUACGAGAAUAUUUUAAACUGAGAAAAUGAAGAUAAAAGUAGAGCCAGAAAAUGAAUGUUCAGAAUUUAUAUUUAACCGAGGUGAUGAAAAGUUUCUUUUAAAGAAUUACAAGAAAGAAUUUAAUACGGAUACCAAAACAUUUUGUAGAAGAAUUAAAUCAGAACCUUUAGAACAUAAAAAUAUACAGGUAAAUACUUAUGAAAAUUUAAUUUUAACAAAUAACACAAGCGAUUCUAAUAUUUGGAGUAAUUCUUAUUGUAAUAGCGAAAUAGAUUGUAAGAAUAAAGAAAUAAAAAAGGAGAAAUGUGACACUAAAAAUGACAUAAAAUCAGAAUGCAAAGUCGUUUUGAAAAGAUUGAAUUUUAAAGUGAAAACUGAAUACGAAUACGAAGAUUUAAAGCCUGUGAAGAACGAAUUUUUCAUUCCCGACAGAAACUCUAACAGGAAUGAUACGAGCGCACAAAUUAAGCAGGAAGAGAGCGAAGAAUACGAUUCUCAGCAGAAUUCAAAAAUACAAAAGAAGAAUAAGUCUACAGCAAACAAGACAAAAUUCGUUCCUUCGAUUAGAAAAUACAACAAAAUCCAAGGAAAGAUAAAGAGGAAAUACUUCAGAGUAACACGUUCAUCUCAUUCUAAACAAAAUCACAAAUGUGAUUUAUGUAAACAGACUUUUGUAAACAAGAGAAUACUACAAGCGCAUUUGUACUUUCAUAUUGGAAAAAAACCAUUUAGCUGCACAACCUGCAAUCAGAAAUUUUCCUGGCAAUUUCUAUUGAGAAGACACAAGAAAGAACACAACACAGAAAAACAAAGCGAAAUUGAUCAUAGAAAACUUCGUUUGCCAUCAUCAUCAAAUGAACGUAAAGUAUCUAAGAGGAAAUACUUUCGAUGUGACAUUUCCGAUAAGCUACUUAAUACAAAAGGUCAAUUGGAGAAACAUAAUAGAACACAUCAACCUGUAUCUCAUUGUUGUAAGAUAUGUAAAAAAGAAUUUCAAAGUAAAUCGAUAUUGAAACAACACGAACUUACUCAUAGUGAAGAGCGACCUUUCAAAUGCGAUAUAUGUGAUAAGGGCUUUAAAAAGAAAGGCUAUUUAAAAAUGCAUCGUGAAACUCACAGUGACGAAUGUAAACAGCAUUCUUGUCAUGUGUGUAACAAAAGUUUUAAAACAAAACACAGUUUAACGCUUCAUAAAAUCCUUCAUAAUAAAGAAUUAAAGCAUUCAUGUCAGAUAUGUAACAAGUAUUUUAAAACAAAACGCUAUUUAAGACGACAUGAAAAUACUCACAAAGAUAAAAGUGAUAAGAAUUUUUGUAACAUACGUAAAACAAGUUUUAAAUGCAAAAGUAGUUUUGACAGACACCGAAUUUUUCAACAUCAGAAUAUGUUUCGUUGCGGAUAUUGUAAUAAGUCAUUCAAAACUAAAAAUAUGCUAGAAGCUCAUAAGAAAAUCCAUAUUGAAAAAUGUAAUAUCUGUAAAAAGGAGUUUUCGUCUAAAAGGUCUUUAAACGUUCAUCAGAGAUUUCAUUUUGACAUAAAACCGUUUGUUUGUGAGGUGUGUAACAGGCGUUUUGUAUCAAUCUCCGAGUUGAAACGUCACCAAAGUUCUCACAAUAAAGACAGUCUUCGUUUCGUUUGUGACGUUUGUAAGAAGGGUUUUUACGAUAAAUCUCAUCUGUUUAGGCACCGACCUGCUCAUCAAAGGAAGAAGCAUUUUUGUAGCCAUUGUAAAGUCAGAUUUAAAACAGAAAGUAGACUAAAAUUGCAUAUGCAAUUUUCUUGUUUAGAAAUACACCCCAAACGAUUACCUUAUCAAUGUAAUAUCUGUAAACGGAUUUACGUAAGUACUUCUUCUUUCGAGCGGCAUCUACUCGCUUACAAUAAUCAAAUACACUUUUUUUGUGACGUUUGUAAGACGAAGUUUACAUCAAAAGUGAAAUUCCAAACUCAUCAAAAGACUGCUCAUCAUCCGGGAGGAAACUAUAAAUGUGAAAUUUGCAAUAAGACAUUUCGGAGAAAGAUUGAUUUAAAUAGACAUAUAAAAAUAAAUACCGAUUCAGGCGUUAAGAAAUGUGAUGUUUGUGGUAAGAAAUUCUGUUCGUUUAUCUCUUUAAAACUUCAUGUAAAAAGUCACUUUUAACAAUAAAAUUUUGUGUGUGAAAUACGUCGAAACAAUUUAAAUACAAUACGUACUUUUUAUACUAAAUGUGCAAGAGAAUAGGCAGAAACGUUUUAAUUUUAUGUCUGUUAUUUCGUUUGUGAUAAU